AUACUCUGCCGUGCAGUUGGGAAAUCCACAAGGAACAUGUCUCUUUGCUAACUUACCCUAGCAUUAGCGCGGGGUGUGUUAACGAUCAGUGACCUGAUCAAGGCGCCUGCGCAAUCACGGGGUCAAGAUCUGAUCCACGAACCGACGUGCUAUGAACUACUUCCAGUUGGUGAUAUUGAUGACGACCAUCAUCUCUAUUGCAGAAGAGAGCGGCGGAGAAGAAAUCUUCCACUCGCGCAAAACACCUGUCGGACGCAGUCAAGCCUUCCUCACCUUCUCUCGCCACUCGUACCCCCCUCCCGAGCGAGCACGUCCUGCUCAGCGAUUCGCCCACCUCAUCAUCCCCUUCAAGCGCAUUCACUCCACUUGGCGAGGCGCGAACGCGCACCUCGGACGACGGGACGCAGGAAGGUUGGUCAAGCAUGAACGACGCCACCCACCAUCGGCAGUCUCAACCGCAUCAGCCGCCGUGGUACGCUUGGAAGCAUCGCAGAUCGUGUCCAUUGGAAGAGUGGCGUUAAUGAGUGCAGUGGGGAAAUGUUGGACACGACACUGGCGAUGCGCACACCUCUGCAGCCACGAGUGGCGACAUGCAUCAAGCGUUGUUGGGCCCCGACAGGACCCCUGAAAAGUCUAUCAGUGCUGGUAUUAGCUCCAUGCCCAAGCGCGGCUCUGCAUCCUCUACGACAUACAGGCACCCCCACGAGUUCGCGUAACUCGGCAUCGUUAUCAACUGCAAUAAGUGCGACAUCCGUCUUUGCUAUCUCAUGUAGACACUCCACUGGUGUAGGCUAAGGUCGACGGAACAGUGCGGGGAGCGAUAUCUUGGGUGUCUACUCGGGUGGUGACGGUACUGUGAAGGAUCGCACGGGCUUUCUGGCAAGUGGAGCUGAGGCGUUGGAGGAGGACUGUGUGCGCCCUGUCCCACCUCAGUCUUUCCACGAU